UCUACGAACACGUAACGACAAUACGAACAUAUGGCCGCCUCUCUCUCCAGUGGUGACGUCAUCGAGGUGCACGUGGUAUCGCCGGCAGAAAGCUCUCAGCUUUUAGAAUUUCUCUUAGAGCAUUAUUAUCGUGAAGAACCAUUGACAGUGGGCACUAGCCCCCCCUCGCAGCCCGAUCAAGCCGAUCGAGAUUUUCUACUCUCGCAUAUUCCAAAUCAAACCUGCCUAACGCUUCGUCUCAGAAAAAACGGACGCAUUGUGGCCGCCGCUGUUGCCGGCUCCAAAGAUGCCAACGAGGGCCAACAUUUGGAAGAAUAUGCCAAAGAAUUUGUGGGCACCAAAUGGGGUCGCAUUGUCAACCUGCUAACUCAGGUGGAACAUCUCAGUAAUGUGUGUGCGCGUUAUCAGGUGUCCCAUGCUCUGCAUAUCCAUGCCAUGGGUGUGGAUGCCUCAAUGCGUGGCCAAUCUCUGGGCGCUCGUCUUAUAAAAGCCAUGGAGGAACAGGCCCGUAAAUUGGGCUAUCCCUUAAUAUGUCUCGACUGCACCAGCUUCUAUUCCGCACAGCUAGUGAAACGUUUGGGCUAUGAACUGAUUAGUAGCCUUAAAUAUGCUGACUAUACAAACGAAGAGGGCAAACAGCUCAUCCAAGUGCCACCGCCACACGAAAGUGUCCAAACCUAUGCCCUCAAAUUGUGUGAGAACUAAAAAUAAAAUACUUCAAUAGCAAUUUUAAGCCAAAUGGCUCUUAAAUCGAGGGCGUAAAAGUGAUGAUGAAGAACUUUUGCUGAAAACGUCUUCUUCUCCAAGUGACAAACAAAUAAAAAAGAGCAUUUUAUUUGAAAUGAAUUAUAAAAUCCUUAUCAACUGACUAAA